AUACUAGACUUGAUUUCGUGUGAAAUGAGGAGCACUAUAGAGUCUUGCGGGCGGGCGUUGCACCGUGGGUUAUCGGGCGUUGUGAAGCCUGUCAGCAAGCAUCGCGUAGCCUAAUUAAAAAUGAAUGCGUGUAGCCUAAUGCAGACUUUACACGAGAAUGGCUAAAUAGGUUACUAUAGAAAAAGAGGAACUAUUCUGACAAUGUGGUUUCGGCAAUUUCUUUGGAUAUCAUGCCCGGUAACAGUGCUUUUUUCUCUUCCCAUGAGUCUGGUUUGUUUGUAACAUCAGAUAUUUCAUGCGCGCUUUAGCGUCCCUCAGAGAUGAUUACAGGGUUUUGCCACCCGAUGCUCUCUGACUGGAGUCGGGUGUAGCCCAUUAGAAGAAGAUUUUGAUUGAAGGCUCGUCCAGCCAAUCACAGUGCAGAAUGAAGUCCUGUGGGCGGAUGGUCUGCUGAGCUGGAAAUAGUCCAGUGCAGAAACAAAGACAGGGGAGAAUUGACAGCUACAUCAAUGGGGUGUCACUGGUGUGUUUGCUAUGUGACCUGCUGUCAAUAUUUGGGGUCUGUAGCUAAUCAUUUACCAAGGUAAGCUGGUAAUAAGGUCAGAUGUCCCAAGAAUCACACCCCAGGAGUGCAUGUUUCCGUUAAUAUGUACAAUUCGAUUAUGUAUUAUGUAUGCAUAGGCUCGUGCAUGAAUAGUCUUAGCUUGUUUAUUCUAGAUCAUGAAGAUGGAAGUGUCUCAGUUUCAGUAAUGAGUGUCCACAAGGCCUCUAUGAUCUGUUAUUGUCUUGCAGAACAAGUCAGUCUAUGCCGCAUGCACAACCAGUGUGAGUGCUAUCAUGUUGUCUCCUGCAGGCAGCCUCAGAGGUGGUUCAACACCGCUGACAUCACAGUGUCUCACCAAAGCAGCCUGCUGAAGCAGCUCAACCAGCAGCGCCGGCAGGAACUUUUCUGUGACUGCAGCGUGCUGGUGGAGGGACAGCUUUUCAGGGCCCACCGCAACGUCCUGUACGCCAGCAGCGGCUACUUCCGCAUGCUGCUGUCCCAGGGGCCCGACGGGCUGUCCGACUCUGUCAACGCCACCUUUGACGUCUUCAGCCCUGAGACCUUCACCGUCAUCCUGGAUUUCAUCUACUCUGGCCAGCUGGACCUCUCCAGUCACAAUGUGAUUGAGGUGAUGUCUGCAGCCAGCUACUUGCAGAUGAACAAUGUCAUCAACUACUGCAAGAACUUUAUCAAAUCCUCCUUGGACAUCAGUGUGAAAGAUGAAGACAGUGACCGCUGCCUAAGCUUGUCUGAGACCUGCAGUUUUACCAGUGGGGCAGGAGAGGAAACCUCAGAGCAGCAGCAGCAAAGCCUCAGCUCUGUCAGCCCACCACCGGCGCUCUGGACCCGGGACAACUCCAGAACUCAGUCUAACUUCAUGGGGAAAGACCCAGACCAGGAGUCAUCGACCUCAGCCCUGAAGACCAACCCAAGCAGCCCUGCUGAUGAUCUCAAUGCAGAGGCAGAGGACCUGCAGGACCCUCAGGACCCUCUGUACACCUUGCCUGGAUCAGAGCGCCGGCGAGGUAAAGGGGGAACCAAGAGGAAAGCAUCCAACAGCACCCGCUCCAACCAACCUGAAGACUUAGACAUCGAGGAGGCGAGGACACGAAAGGCUGAAAAGGCAGAGGAGCUGUAUGCUACUCUGCCACCUAUUGUGGGUGUUAUUGGACACUUUAAUAAAGACUCCAACCCCAUUAUGCGCUUCAAGUGUCCCUUUUGCACACACACAGUGAAGAGGAAGGCUGACCUGAAGCGUCACUUGCGCUGCCACACUGGAGAGAGGCCGUACCCCUGUCAGGCCUGCAAUAAACGCUUUACUCGCCUGGAGCAUCUUCGUAGCCAUUUUGAGACGAUCCAUCAAGCCAGGAAGCUGGUGUGCAGGAAGUGUAAGUGUCAGGUGACGGAGGAGACUGGGCAUGUGGUGUGUGAGGGCACACGACGCUACCGCAUGUGCACCACAUGCAUCCAGGAAGUGGAUUGUGAUGAGAUCCCCAUGGACAGUCUAGAUGGUGCUAGUGAGGAACCGGCCCUGUUAUUGGGAGUGGACGGGGAGGAGGAGGGGGACAGCAAGAGGAGCUGGAUGGUAACCGAUGACGACGACCUGGCUGAAGACUCGGGGGCUGACCUCAUCAUCCAACAGGUUGACGACAGUGACGAGGAGCUGCAGUGAAAUUAAACCAAAGUGUGUGUGUGUGUGUGUGUGUGUGUGUGUGUGUGUGUGUGUGUGUGUGUGUGUGUGUGUGUGUGUGUGUGAGAGUGUGUGUGUGUGUGUGUGUGUGUGUGUGUGUGUGUGUGUGUGAUCCUGUUGUGCAUGCGUGCGUGUGUGCGUGCUAAAGCCAUGCAAGAGAAUUUAUGCACAAAAUAUGUAAUCCACUAAUGUAAAUGCACACAUUUAUGAUAUAUUAGUUGUCUAUUAGUUACAUGCAACUGUUUAAUCUUUACUUUAAAUGAGAUGUUGACCUUUGUGACAAAAUGGAAUGCUUUUUGUUAAACUUCAUAAAGAUAUGCAGUAUCCAAAGCAUGCAUAUUCAGUGUUUCCUUUGCUUCAAUUAUAGUUGAAUGAUAACUCUUUCAAACAUAUAUAUAUAUAUAUAUAUUUUUUUCAUAUGCAUGGAAGAAUACCUUUGCUACUUUUUGGGACUGCUUUGAUAAAAGCUGGACAGAAUAGGGACUAUUGCUAUUUCCCUACUUUCUGUAGGGAAAGUGAAGCGCAGACUUUUUCCCCAAUGUCACACGGUUGCAGUUUUCUAUGAUUAUGUUUAAUUAUAAUAUGCACUAUGAUAAAAAAUAAUUUAUUUGUUUUUUUACUUUUUCACACAUUAAAAUAUUUUUAUACA